AAAACAUAUAAAGUGAAUAGAUAAAAAGUAUAUCUUUAGUGAUUGAUAAUACAUCAUUGCAUCGAAAUUAUAUACAAGUAUUUUAAUAAGUUCUAGUAUUCCAGGAAAUUUGUUAAAAGAAUUUUUUCCAUAUAAAUGGAGUCUUUUUUUUAUGAUAAAUGUUGUUUUUUUUUUCUUAUGCUUUAUGUCAUUAUAUCAGAAUAUGGGCGACUAAAAAAUGCAUUUUUAGCAAAAAAAUGGUUUGAAACUUUAUUUCCACUGCUUACAAAUCAAUUUGUGCAGGUUGGUAUAAAAAGAAAUGAUCCUAUGCCUUUACAUAUUCGAGAUCCUGGCUAUUUUAUUUCAUAUGCAACUGGUCGCAUUCAUAUUGCAUAUUUAUAUAUUCAAUUUAAGUUUCUAGUACGUCAAAACUUUUUAUCAUUUAUUAGACAAGUAGUUGUCGGGUUUUUUUCAGAUAAUCCUAUGCCUCAUGACCGUUUAUAUAUUGAUAUGAUUGUUGAAGAUCAUGUUUUUGAUGCAUGUGUAUUUGCAGUUGUGAAUAAGUCAAAAAUGCGUUGGUUGCGUGAAAAAUAUUAUAAUCUGUCAUUUACUUGUGUAAUGGAAUUACCAAUAUUACCAGAAACAUAUGUUGUAAUGUCGGAAUUCUGUGAAAUUGCAUCUAUUCUGUUGGAAAAUAAUGAAAGCUUUAUUCAAUGUAUAAAAACGCCUGAUGUUGUAUUGGAAUAUUUAAUUGUAAGUGACCUGCCUAUUAAAUGUCCAAAAAGUCCGGAUCAAACAUAUCAAAAAACUGUUUCGUUUUGUGUAAAAUUACCAUCAUUAUGUUAUUCUCAACAAGUUGCUUGUAUUUUUAGUGAAUGUAUCGCAUUUGUUGAUUUGCUAGCUGGAAGAGCACAUUGGAGAUCCAAUAUUUCCCAAAAGCUUAAAAGUAUUCGUGAAGAAGCAAACAAAAAACUUAAGAAACGUCAAGAUGAAGAAAAACUAGCGAAUGCAUUAAAGAAAAAGUCUGAAAAAGAUAAACAAAAAAAAGAGCGUAUUCGAAAUCUUAGCUCCCAGGAACAGCGAAAGUAUUUGGAUAAAGAACGAGAGAGAAAAUAUAAAAAACUAUUUAAAGUGAUAAAAGCCUAA